AACAUGGAUAAAGAACCCAAACAUGAAGAGAUGUGUCAAGUGUUGAACACUGGUCAAGAGAAGCAUCCUUCUCUGGGACAAGCAGUUCUGGCCAACCUGUGGGACUCUGUGGAGUCGGACACAGAGAGCUUGGCCCAGGAGAGAGCUUACCAACAGCAGCUGCAAAAACGCAUUGGCUACCACAACCAAAACAAGCACAUACUGACACAACAGGAGAACACUGACAGCUUCCAGCAGGGAGAUGGUGAAAAUAAAAAUGCAAGUGAUGAUAAAACUGAAGAUCUGCAGGUUUAUGAUAGCCUUGAUGUAGCAGCAGACCCCCAUGCCGAAAGGAACCCCACCCUGGUACACACUGAAUAUUUGGACACACAAAUAGCUGACAGAGAAGGAUCAAGCCAGCUGCUUAGUGAUGAUGGCUAUUCUGACCUACGCUAUGAACCUAACUGGAAGACCAACCUAAGGGGAGCUGGCUGCCUUAAUGAGAGUCCACACAGUUCAAUUGAGGAAUAUUACCAAGUCCCUAAAAAGCAGUCCAGUCAGUCAUGUGGUGAAGAACAAGGACUUGUAAUAAAAGGAGGAUACAGAUACAUCGUUGACACAAGUCCAGCUGUCAUAGUGACUCCUCACAUGGCUGGCAAUGAGCCCAACCAGCCAUACCGCUUACACCUACAAGAUGAUCAGACCAACUCAGAAACAUCUCCCCACAACCAUGCUUUACAACGUACAUCACCAGAGGCUGACCACUUACAGCCACCAGCCUUCUCCACUAAAACUGAAAGUGACAAAAGCUCCCAGAAAGGACUCAGAGAUAAGCAUGAAUAUAGCUGUGACAGCACUGGGGAUAAUGUUAGCAGAUCUCCUGGGCUGACAGAGGAUGUACGUGCUAUAUCCAUCCAAGAAUUUAAGACCUACCAACAGCAAGAACUGAGACAAGGAGGGUCCACUCAGAACCAGCAAAUGGGCACAUUUCCUAAGGUUUCAUUGAGCAAAAAGCCAGAAAAACCAACAGAGGACAUAGUGGAACGCAACAAAUUAACCCUGGGGCGCAACAAAUCCAAACGUGGCUCCUAUGUGCAUAUGCAUGCACCUAAGCAGGAAACGCCUAAUAAGGUCACCCAGAUCAGCAAAGGGAAGAAAGUGCGGCAGAAAGAGCACCCCAGCCCCUCUCAACAGCAGCAGUACCCUGCUGGGGUAGUCAGAGCUGAACGGGGAGACUGUCUGAGCUCCCCAUCGGAAACACCAGCUGCUAUCAGUCAGCCCAACCCUCAAAAGAUGACCCCAUCACAGCCUUUGGUCCCCGCCGUUCACCCAAACAUCCAGCUCAACUCCUUAUCCCAGCUCCUUCCGUUCAUCCAGCAGAGGGGCCAGGAUGACAUCAUUAACUUAGCAUCUCUUCAUGGUUAUACUGAUUGGAGCCCCGUCCCUGAACCUGAACCUGCCUUGUCCCCGGGAUGUCAACAAAUGAACCCAGGAAAAUCUCGGAAAGGGUUAAAGGCACAUUUUCACCACCAAAACCUGGAGGGUAGCCCCAAACAAUGGCAAAGGACAACUAUGCUAAAAGGGCUAUUAUCCAGUGAAGAAGGGGAUCAGAUGUGGAGUCCAAAUGAGGUUCACACUAAACAAUUCCACAAAAACCUUCCCAGGACACCCACCACCCCUUCGUCACUGGGCUCAGGUGGCUACACAGUUCUGCCCCCUAUACGACCAUCACUGACAGGGGAAGAGUCUGACCUGAGCCCUGGUCAGAGUGUGAACACAGCCAUUCACAGAAGCAGCUCUGACGGCUACCUGGUUCAGAUGCAGAAACAGAAGCAGCUGAGGGCAAGGGUCACUUACAAGGCAUACAGUCUUAAAGACUACAAGCAGCUAAAGUCUGAUAUAAAUCUGCGAGGUCUUGGACCUGACUACACAGCCAUUGAAAAGACUGCUGAGAAAAUGAAACGACAGAAGUUGUAUUCAAAUGUGAUCCGCGAGCAGAACAAAAAGAUAAGGAGGAUUCCCUUUCUACUGGCCAAGGACCUGGAAGGCAAUGACAAGAAAGUUCCCAGGAUAAAGGCCUUGGAAUAUGCUAAGACUAUCGCUAAACCCCCAGUACAGUCUCAACCAAAACAGAGACAGAAAGACCAAUCCGAGGACUUCAUUGAGCACACUCCAUACACAGAGGAUUUGGGCAACUCCCAGCUGGAGAUCCUCAGAAAACGGCAUGAACAAGAAAAGCAGGCUGUGGCACACUUAAGAAAAGUACACGCUGUCUGA